AUGCCGCUCCCGAAGCUGACGCCCCUUCAAAGCCGCUUCGCGGCUUCGCUGGGCGCUACCAUUAUUCUCUUCCUAUUGUACUACUGCCUCAGCCAGCCAGCUUUUGCCUAUGCUGCCGAGAUAGACCUGCGGAUACCUCCCGACCACAACCACCCCAUCCUAGACCAAUCAUUCACGGAUGACGAGCCAAACGUAGACGAAUUGCUGGUCAAGCGUCAAAACGAUGGCAACGCUAUGCAAAUCUUCAAUAACCAACCCAGGGCGAUGAAUAUAGCGAGUGGAGAGACACAAAAUUGGCUGAUCACUCAAGAUACACUCAAUGGCCCGCCGGGUGACCGAGGUCCGGGCCUCCCCAGUCCGACAGGAGCCAACGCUAGCCGCAUAUUCGAAGACGAGGAUAUCGAAGAAGAUGAAAAUACAACUGUUGACAAGCGCCAGUCUGAGCGUACUGUGUACAUCACCAUUACUACGUGCAUCCAGCCCACCUACAACGGUUCUUCUCCUGAAUUAGAGGAAGCAAUACCUCCCCAACUUACACUUUACGUCUCGCAGUCCGAAGAUAAUCGACUCCCGGGCCCGGACUCCAAUGGUAGCGACUCACAACAAGUUCUACGGCUCAGUGGAGGCUAUGCUAAGAUCGAGCUGGACAACACGUCUCCGGUGUACAUUGGAGUAUCUGCCCCGAACGGCACUCAGUUCACAGGGUCGUGGAACUACGAGAUUGGAGGCUCCAUCGAUGAGCCAUAUCACACUGUCAUCACGAGAACUCCAAACCUCCACUUCGUCGAUGGCGAUACUCAUGCAGCGCUCCUGAUCACUGACGAUUUAACAUCUGCGGAGCCAAAUGAGACAUCUUUCAGCGACUGGAUGGAGCUGAGACCCCCGUUUGGAAUGUUCGUCUAUCCCUCCAACAGUCGCGCCAUGCAAGGAGUACGAAACUCUUAUUGCGGGCUUCGUAUGGCUGGAGGUCUGCUUGCCAAUCUCCAGAACGCAUCGAAUCAAAAUGUCGCCGAGAUGACGUCCCGUGGAUUGGGCGGUAAGCCGAAAGAGCAGUUCUAUAUCACUGGCCUUAAUUCAUCGAGCCAAUAUACAGGCUUCCUUGCGAUGCAGGGAAACUCAACUGACGAUGGAAACAACGUUGUUGGUGGCGGGGGCACAGUUUGGCAGGCUGUGCAAUUCAGCACCAAGUCGAUGUCCAAUUGUGCCCUCAUGUACAACUUGACCUUUUGCUCGGAAGUGGCAUAUGCUGUGCCAGCCAAUCCGGAACGGUUCUCGAUAAUCGAUGGCUUACCAGAGCUGGCUCGGAUCUACGAUGACUACGCGCGAGAGAUGUAUCGGUACUUCAACUUCUCGUUGCAACAGAUACCCUGUAACACGUCUUCGACAUCGCAGUAUAGCUUGGUGCGUAACUGCGACGAUUGUGCAAGAGCGUACAAAACCUGGCUCUGCGCUGUCACUAUUCCUCGCUGCGAAGACUACAACAACACAGCAGUAUACCUCAAGCCUCGCAAUUUGGGGCAGCCUUAUCCCAACGGAACUUCGAUAUCCAGUCUUCCAGGGUUCAGCGAUUCGCAACAGGUGCUUAUGGAUACCGUAGCCACCAACUCGUCACGAAGUCAAGUGAUAGAUGACCAGAUCGCGCCUGGGCCGUACAAGGAGGUCCUUCCUUGUAAAGACCUGUGUUAUGACUUGGUUCAGUCGUGCCCAGCGGCUCUGGGCUUCAGCUGUCCGUCAGAAGGCAAAGGUCUCGAAAACAGCUACGGCGAACGGAACGAUGACCCUGGAAAUAUCAGCUGCAGCUACUUGGGCGCAGCAUACUACCUCAGCGCUGGCGAUAGGAAUACCCUUCCCUAUAUCGCAUCGAGCGCAGCGUUGGCCUUGAUGCUCAGCCUCUUGUUCUUGUAA